AUGUCAGUUACAUUGGAUUACCUGUCAGAGAGAAACCCUGCAGACUCCGACAAUCAAGAUGCUGCUGACCAAAGCCAACCUCACAUUGUGUGGACAGCUAACACUGAAGAUGGCUCUCAAGGUAUUCCAGGCCUGGAUGGGAGGAGAGGGGAACCAGGGCCUCUGGGACCUCCAGGACUUCCCACACUUUACUUAUGGCGGAACUCUGAGGACGACUGGAUGGCUUUUAGGGCCAGAGAAACAAGCAGGGUCGAGGUGGCUGUGAAAGGCCUCAGUGUUGCUGCGCUCUCAGAACACACCGGAGGCUCUGACUGCUGCGUCCACAGAGACACAGUGAGACUCACAGUGAGGGAGGUCCAGUCUGAGCUUGACCUUGACAGGCUUGGCCGGCCUCCACCCGUAUCUCCGCUGCAGCACCAUUGCCAAGACAAAUACCUCCUGCAGCAGCAGACCUGGAGAUCAUCCUUUGCUCAAAUGCUCAGAGCUGGCUGGCCGGUGAAGCCUGGCCCACCUGGUCCCACGGGUGAGAUAGGGAAACCUGGCCUUCCAGGCGACUCUGGGCCAAGGGGCGCCCCUGGCAAGCCAGGGAGUGUGGGCAGGAGUGGCAGUCAAGGAGUGGAUGGGAGUUGUGGGCCACCAGGACUUCCUGGGCUCCAGGGUCCCAGAGGUUUUAAGGGAGAAGGGGUUUUACCAGGAGAGAAAGGUGAUGAGGGUUUAACUGGGGAGCCUGGACCAUGUGGAGACAGAGGGAGAACUGGGGCAAAGGGAUAUAAAGGGGAACCAGGAGAAGAUGGACCUGUUGGACCUCCUGGUCCUUUAGGUAAAAUAGGCACUCAAGGGCUACCUGGACCUCCAGGACCACAGGGAGACUCUGGACAUGAUGAAAUGAUGGGUCCUCCAGGAGCAGUGGGUGCACCCGGGACCACAGGUGGUAUAGGGCCACCUGGAGUUGAUGGGUUUGAGGGGGAUCAAGGUCCAACUGGUCCACGAGGUCGUAAAGGCCCACAUGGACCGUCAGGAUUAGCAGGAGCGACAGGCCCACAUGGACCUCAAGGGACUCAGGGUCAAUCAGGCAAUGGUGGCCCCUCUGGUCCAAAAGGCGAGAUGGGUGAAAUAGGACCUAUGGGGAAAACAGGAUCACCUGGCAUUGAAGGGCCCAUGAGAUCUCUUGCUGAUUUGGUGACGGUCAUCGUCCAUACUUACCUGCUACAGAGUGUAUUUCAGGCUUCAGAGGAAGGGAUGGUGACCAUGGAGAGGCUGGACCCAAAGGUGACAGAGGCCCACGAGGUGCUGCAGGAAUCCAGGGUCGUCAGGGACAGAGGGGUGAACGUGGCACCUCAGGCUUUCCGGGGGGUGAGGAUGGGGAAGCUGGUCUCCAGGGAGCAGUUGCGAGACAAGGGCCAAAGGGUCGCCCAGGACUUCCUGGCCUGUAUGGUUUACCUGGCAUUCAAGGUUUCAGAGGCCAUGUUGGGACUGAGGGACCAGAAGGAAAGCCUGGGUGCUCCUGGUUCUGCUUGCUCUACUGGCCCUAAAGGAGAAAGAACUCCUGGAAAGCCAGGUGAAAAUGGAAUCCCUGGACCAGCUGGGGAGAGGGGCUUCACAGGAAAACCAGGAAUGAUGGGCCCCCAGGGUCCAGUGGGCAUAUAUGGUUACCCCGGAUCAGUGGGUGUGACUGGGGGACCAGGCCACAUGGGACAAAGGGGAGAUGCUGGUGUCAGAGGACUUCCUGGGAGCCGUGGAAAGACUGGACCUCCAGGUCUGCAGGGCCUUCCUGGUGAGAGAGGGCCUCCAGGGCCUCAGGGCCGUCAUGGAGAGUUUGGGCCCAAAGGCAUUCAAGGGCUGCCAGGUCCUCCAGGCAAGCCUGGACCAGAUGGGGGCAUGGGGAGCCCUGGCCCUCCAGGGGGUCAGGGGUCACUAGGGCCACCAGGGUCAGCUGGACUCAGAGGGUUUCCAGGAACAUCAGGAAUAACUGGGCUGAUGGGUCAGGCUGGAGAAAAAGGAGAGCAGGGAGCAAUGGGCCCUGUUGGGAUUAUUGGUGCUCCAGGACUGGAUGGGCAGCAGGGUCCUCCAGGGAUAAGUGGAGAAGAUGGGAUUCCUGGAGAAAAAGGUGACCAGUACGACGACAGGCUUCUCAGGGACUUCCGGGUCUUCAGGGACAACCAGGACCCAAGAGACCAAAGGGAAAGCCAGGACCUCAGGGAUCCCUGGGGCUGCAGGGUGAGCCUGGCCAGAGGGGCAAAGAGGGAGAUGUUGGAGAGCCUGGAUCACCUGGGGAUCGGGGUGUUAAAGGAGCAAAGGGAUAUGUUGGAGAUCCUGGCCCAUUGGGGUCAGAGGGGCCUCCAGGAGUCUUGGGCAUUAAAGGGCGGAGAGGUUUCUGUCCUCAUCACCAUGUAUUUCUACUUUCAGGGUCAAGGCGGCCUGAUGGGAACGAUUGGACCAUCGGGCUUCUUAGGACUUCAGGGAGAUAUGGGUCCUGCUGGUUUGAUGGGGGAUGAGGGAACUCCAGGUCCUAAGGGUGUGGCAGGAAGCCCAGGUGUGAAAGGUGACAUGGGACAAUCUGGAACCCCAAGUUCAUCAGGAGUCAGAGGAAGACCUGGCAACCCUGGUGCAAAGGGAUCAUCUGGACCCGAGGGGCCGAGAGGAGAGCCUGGAGAGACAGGGCAGCAAGGAGAGGGUAGAGAUGGUCACGUGGGGCUCCAGGGCCCUCUUGGCCUUCAAGGGCCUCAGGGACCAAAAGGUGUUCCUGGACUGGUGGGAAGGAAAGGACAAAAAGGUCAAAAGGGGGAUGAUGGCAGAAGUGGUCGUCGAGGGAAGGACGGACGCACUGGAAGGAGGGGGAAAAGAGGGAAAGCUGGUAGUAGUGGUUUGAGCGGAAGACGAGGAGAAAAGGGGAAGAUGGGAGAUCUGGGUCCAUCUGGUCCUCCAGGAAGACACGGACCAUAUGGAGAACCUGGGGAUAUAGGACCAGAUGGUACUUCUGGUCGAGAGGGGUUAAAGGGAAUACAAGGCUCCACUGGAGAGCUAGGAAGAGCUGGUGAAAAGGGAGAGCAGGGCAACAUCGGCCUUCCAGGUAGACAUGGAUCUCCAGGCCUGCCUGGUCUGUCUGGUUUGUUUGGACACAAGGGUCUGCCUGGCCCACCUGGGCCCCCAGGGGCCACACUCAACCUCACCGUGACUCAGCUGAAGGAGCUCAUGUACGUGUCGGACAAGCCCAACCCGGUCCUGGUGCAGGCUCUGCUGGACUCCCUGCAGGGGGAGCUCCGCUGGUUCAUAAACCCACCAGAUGGCACCAAACUUCAUCCAGCUACUACAUGUCUGGAGCUGUGGCUGGCUCACCCAGACUCCACUAACGGGGUGUAUUACAUUGAUCCUAACCAGGGCAGCCCAGCUGAUGCAUUUCAAGUGUAUUGUGACUUCACAACAGAACCAAAGACCUGCCUGUCUCCACAGCAGACUCAGGUUCCAAUCAAGGCUUGGCUGAAGGAUUCUGGCACCAACAUGUCAUUUCACUGGUUGAGCCAGGUUGAAGAUGGCUUCCAGUUUGAGUAUCCAGGAGGAGCAGAUGUGGUGCAGAUGAGGUUUCUGCGACUGAACAGCAGAUUCUCCACUCAGACCAUCACCUACUCCUGUCAGCCAGGAAGUAAACAGAGGCACAGAGAGAGGGAAGCCAAGUUCCUGGCUGACACUCGGAGGCAGAGUUACCUGGGGGCAAUGGCAGACUGUGUGAUGUCAGAGACGUUGGAGUCAGUAGGUCGGGAAUCUGUUUUUCAGUUUGAAAGUGAAGAUCUCCAGCUGCUGCCUCUCAGGGACCUGGCAGUGUUUGGAAACGAAGAAGUAACCUGGGAGUUUGGCUUCACUAUUGGACCAGCAUGCUUCAGCUGA